AUGGAAAACUUCACAGGCAGUGGUGCUGGAACCACGCACCUAUACACGGAUUCUACUACUCAACAUCACUUCCCAAGACAAACUCUUCUCUUAGCCAUCACCACAUACCUUCUCCACAUUCUUUUACAAUGGCUACAUUACCUCUGUACAUGGUCCACUGUAUGGAAGCUCUCUUUCUUCCUCCUCGCGAUAGGAAAUCUUAAGAACUUGCCAUUGAUGUGGACUCUACGUAUCGUCAAUGCCUUUCGAUUCUGUAUGCGAUCACAGCGCCCAAAAGUCAAGUGUGGACCAAACCACAUUUUCCAGCCUCUAAUCACGGAAUCUUAUUGUCCCUUGAUGGAAAUUGACUUCAAUAUUCACAAAUCCAACAGUUCUUACUUUUCCGAUGUCGAUGUGGCUCGAACACACUUGUUCUGCACGCUAUUUACCCAAGGAAUCGAACAGAUGAGAGGUGGAACGUCAGCAAUUAAUGGAUCGAAGGAUCCUAUAUUCGGUAUUGCUUUGGGGGCAGUAAAUUGCCAUUUUAAGAAAGAACUCAAGCCCUACGAACACUAUGAGAUGUGGACAAGAGUCGUAUCGUGGGACGAGAAAUGGAUAUGGCUCGUCACUCAUUUCGUACGAAAGGAUGCUACGAGACCAAAAUCAUACAGCCUUUAUCCACAACAGACAACGGAGGCCCUAGACACAAAGAGCAAGGACUUGGACCCAAGAGCUGGCGUCGUGGCAUCUGCUCUCAGCAAAUGUGUUUUCAAGCAAGGGCGCAAAACGGUCAGUCCCGAAUUCAUGUUGAGGGCUUCUGGUCUACUACCAGAUUCUCUUUUGAAUGAUGAGUUGGAUAUACAAUUGGGUGCAGAGAUGAAAGCAAGUGGUGCUGAAGAAUGGACAAGUGCGAAGAUUGAGGAAGAGAGAUUGAGAGGACAGAAAAUCGCAAACACUUUGUCUGUGGGAAGCCAGUUUGAUCUAGAGGAAGCAUUCACAGGCGAAGCCGAAGCUCUGGGUAGACAUAUUGAUGGCGCAGGUAUUGUUGGUGUCGUCUCUACUCUUGCUCAACUGGCUGGGCUGAAGAAGAAACAAAUCCUUUUUGAUGAUGGAACGAGGCGUUCCACUGAAACGACAGUACCAAAUUCGGAUUUAGCAAAGGAACUUGACGAUUCACGCCCAACUUUCCAUCCUGGCAACCUUUCACCUGAAACUUCGGAUGAUAAAGGCAAGUUCUCGUUUCCACAUUCAACAGGAGCGAUUGAAAAUCAAUCAUUUCGCGACCAAAAGACUUCCGAGAAUGCAUUGAAUGCCAACAUAAACGGGGAGGCAAGCUCCCUGCACCCCCCGAGAGAAAACAUUGCAAGGUCGUUUCGAGAUAUGGGUAUCUGGCCGAGGGAUUGGCAAAAGAAUAAACAAGCGAUAGACAAUACGACUCAAUUACAGCUCUUGGAGAAUCAAGCUAGAGGAUCCAACGGACAGUCAGUCCCGGGCUGCAACAAAUUCCCUAUAGCAGAGAGUGUGAAUAUUGGAGGCAAAGCUGGACAACUAAAGGGAAACGAGCCCAGGAGAUCAUGCGACUCACUACGCGACAUCAAGGAGAUAUUGAGAGAUAUCAAUUUCAAUUCGCGUCCCAAUACCCAAGGAAGCGCACAAACUACUUGUGAUCUUUCCGCGUUCGAAACCAUUUCCGAAUUCCGAAAACCAUCACUCGAAGACCAAGACUCUCGAACGCCACUAAACAGAGGCGCGGAGUUACGAACCUCACGUGAAAAUGAAACCACCAAGACGCGAAAUGAUACGGUUUUGAACGAACUCUUUGCAGAUAUAAUCUCAUCUGCGGAGCCAUCAAUUCGACAUUUAGCAUCGCAAAAAACCGCCGGCGAAGCAGCAGCUAGUAUCAAUAAACCGAAACGUUUAUCGACUCCUAUAGAAGAGCAAAGACAUCCUGGAAAAGUGGGAUUAUGGAGUGAUAAAUUCAUGAAGAACAUCGAUGAAAUUGUCGAUUGGGAUGCUGCACAGCCAAGCACCAUAUCAUUAGCCUCCAAGAGCGAAGCGGAUGCAUUUGCCGCUCGCGGAAACGACGACAAUGUUGUCAUUUCGGAAGAACCGCAGGAACUCGAAGUUGUGCAUCCAGGCGCUAUUGCUCUGACUUUUCUCAUGGUUGGACUGUGUUUAUCGGUCUUCUUAAUUUCGUUGGAUCGGACGAUUGUCACUACUGCAAUUCCGUAUAUUAGCGGAGAGUUCCAGUCGUACGCAGAUGUCGGUUGGUACGGAAGUGCAUAUCUACUUACGGCAUGCGCAUUUCAACCCUUGUAUGGGAAGAUUUUCACCCUGUUUAGUAUCAAAUGGUCAUAUCUAGCCGCAAACACUUUGUUUGAGAUAGGAUCAUUGAUUUGUGGAAUAGCCCCAAAUUCCGUGACAUUGAUUAUAGGUCGAGCUAUUGCUGGUGUGGGGAGUGCGGGUAUCUUGACCGGCUCUUUUGUGGUUGUGGCUCAUAGUGUGCCGAUGCAUAAACGUCCGGUUUUCACGGCCGCGGUGGGUUUGAUGUUUGGAGUAGGAGCAACCGUGGGACCAUUAUUAGGCGGUGUUUUCACUGAUCUCGUCACAUGGAGAUGGUGUUUCUAUUUCAAUCUUCCGGUUGGAGGUGCGACUAUCUUGGCCAUGAUUCUAUUCUUCAAUCCCAAGAAUAACAUGAACACACGACGAUCAUUCGGCUCCCGAGUUCUGGAGCUGGAUAUUAUUGGAAAUAUUCUCUUGCUUGGUGCUUGCGUUAUGCUAUUCAUAGCUCUUCAAUACACUGAAGUGGGAGACGCUUGGUCCAACUCAAAAGUUAUUGGACUUCUCGUCGGCUUCGGCGUAACUGUUGUUGUUUUUGGAUUUUGGCUUUGGUGGAGAGGCGACAAAGCCCUAAUUCCACUUGACAUUCUCCGACAGCGCAGCGUAUUAGCGAGCUGCCUCUUCUCAUUCUUCAUCUACUCGGCCUUGAUUCUUCACAGCUACUACCUACCACAAUGGUUUCAGGCCGUCAAGAAUACCUCUGCCAUCACAUCCGGUGUUGAUAUGAUCCCCUAUGUCGUCUGCAAUGCUGUCUUUUCCCUCUUGGCUGGUAUUAUCGUCUCGAAGUCGGGAUACUUUACACCUCCCACCGUCGUCGGCACAGCCAUUGCCACGAUCGGCUGUGGACUAAUCAGUACUCUCAAUGUCAACACCACCUCACCUCAAUGGAUUGGCUACGAAAUUCUCAGUGCAGCCGGUUUCGGACUUGCAAUCCAGCAAGGAUUUACCGCCGUCCAAACCGUAUUACCUCUAGAGAAAAUUCCCAUCGGUACCGCUGCGGUCGUCGCAUCACAGUCUUUGGGUGGUGCUAUUUUUGUUUCUGUCGGCAACAACAUUCUCCAGAAUCAACUAAAAUCCUAUUCGACCAACGGCCAACUGCCGGGAGUUGACAUUCAAGCCGUCUUGGAUGCAGGUGCCACGGGGUUAAGAUCCGUCGUCGAUGCAGAUCAAUUACCUGCACUCUUAGGAGCAUAUAACGAGGCGUUACAGAAAGUUUUCCUUGUUGCGAUUCCCAUGACUGGGUUGGCGUUUUUAUCUUCUUUGUUUUUGGAAUGGAAGAGUGUCAAAGCUCAGAAGCCUGUUGCGGAAGGAGUUUGA